AUCGUGAGACCACCGAGUAAACGUUUAUGCUGAAUAUGAUGUUUCUGAAAUAACGCUGAACUGACGUAUUCAGGACACAUAUUGCUCGUGUCUGAAUGGAUAUUAGUAACAUGAACAUUGAUGGUGUUACAAGUAUUUUCUCUUAUUAUUGGAAAUUAGACCCAUCUUAGUUAAAGAACAUUAAAUUAUGUGAUUGUGUUUUAUUAGUCAAAAAUAAACGUACUUGACGGUGAUUUUACAUGUGCAUAUUAUAAAAAUAAUAUGAUGACGAGACAGUGACCUCUGAACUUCCUAUACGAGAAAAGGACUUGUAAAAAGCCAGCGUUAAGCUGUAUCAAAGCCAAGCCUUAAAGGAAUGAUAGCCUGCCCAGAUGUCUGCUGUUGCAUUGGACUGGCAGCAUCGAUGGAGGCCUAAGCUGCAAGACCUCUGUCUUCGCCUACAUAGCCCUCCCCAACUACCUUCCGCUUAUGUGCUGGACUCUUUGAGACAUUCAGUCGAACUGAUUCCAGGUGUCAUUCAGAGUACAUAUUAUUCGACGCCACUCCUGUCCUCGUUCCCUCUCCCAUCUCAUAAGACAGCUACUACUAACAGCGCUUACUUGACUCCAACGUCGCUCAUUCCGCCUCGCACGUUUGUGUCGCCGCUUCGUGUCCAUAACCCUUUAGUGGUCAAAGAGAGGGACACCCUUCCUUGCAAGUCCCCCUCCCCCUGUCCAGUCUUAGUUCCGAGAAUGCAUGCCCAGACUACUUCCGGCAACCUCGCCGUCAGUACCAUUGAGGACAUCGUUCAGCCACGGAAACUCUCAUUCCUUCCCCCUGAAUCCGCCGCUACCCUCAGCCGGAGUGAAAUAUCAGCUUCUUUCCAUACCCCCAACACCACCACAGUUACCACCACCGUUUCGUCACAGGCAGGAGAACUAACCAAACUGUGCAGCAAAAGUGCGACUGCCACACCGAUGGCAAACCCUUGUGUCAGCUCUGUCACGAACGGAAAUUCAACCCUUCAGGACGACCACACCAGGAACUGCAAGCACUUUGCCAAGAGCGGAGGACCCCGGGGAUGCGCGGGGGCGAAGAACAAAAUUGGAGGGUCCGUGUGCUGCCCUAGACGGCGUCUCACCGAUGAUGAAGGCUACAUCCGGAGAGCAGCGUGCAUAUGUGUCAACAAGGAGGAAACAAAGGUUUUGUUGGUGUCGAGCAAGAAGGACCCGUGUGUGUGGCUGGUGCCAGGCGGCGGGCUGGAAGCAGGAGAGGAGCCGACCACAGCGGCCAAGAGGGAAGCUUGGGAAGAGGCGGGUAUCCAGGGACACAUUGCGCGGUACCUAGGCCUAUUUGAGUCCUACCACCACACAGGUGCAAAGAAGCACAGGACGGCAGUCUACAUUUUCGUCGUGACUGAAGAACAUGCAGACUUCCCCGAGGCCAGGCUAGGUCGUCGUAGACAGUGGUUCAGCAUGGAGGACGCGUUGCUGCACCUCUCCCAUCACCGUCCCUUACAAAGUGCUUACCUACAACUCAUGAUGAUGUCAAGGCUCAAAGUUGCGGCAGCUUCCUAGUAGCAGCUUGGAUGGAGUUGAAAAGCUGAGCACAUGAGGGCUGACUCCUAAUUUAUAGUUAGUGGAUGAAUGAUGGUGAUAAGGUUCAGGCUAAACAAAAACUAAAAAAAAUAAAGUAGGCACUGAUGAUGGGAUUGUGGAAAUUCCAUAGAUGAUACUCCUCUUGUUAUAAGAAGAAAAUUGAGGCAGUUCAAUCAACAGAGUUAAAACUUCAGGUAUGUUUCACUCUGCAUAACAGUACAGACCAGUAUUAAAGCUCCAGACAUCUUUCUGUGAAAUGAAAGAUGACAUGAAUUACAUAUACAAAUAUAGCUUCCUAGUUACACAGACAAGAAAAUUAUAUUUUGUUUAUUUUGAUAGCCUGCUUGAUAAAAGCUAACAGCAGAUUUCCUGGAUGUAGAUUGAUUUAGUUUACAAAACAUUUCUGUUGGAAGGCAUAUCUCAGCAUUAUCCAAUGAAGUGAUUCUUUUAGUCUUGUGGAAUUUAUUUCAAAUACUGGUGUGUCAAGCAAUUCUUUUAAUCUGGAACAUGCACAACAGUUCAACUUGCUGGUAUUUUUUUUAUUUAAUUCUAAUUUUGACUUUUCAUUGUGGAUUGCGGUUAUUAAUUCUCUUUUGUAUAAGUCACAUGUGUCUCUAUUGUACAGUAUUUGCAAAGUAUGUUUUCUCAAAAUAUAUAAUAGAUACUUUCAUAUAUUUCCUAAUUCCUUAUUUUUCUUCGUUAUGCAUAAAUAGAAUCAAAACAAAUAAAUAUCCUCCAUAGUUUAUUCCAGAUCUAUUGUCUGAGACAUGUCUUUCGAGGUACUUAUAGUUAUGUUUAUGAAUACUGCAAC